CCUUUUUUUUUCUCGAAUUCUUGGUAAAGUUUUGAGAUCCACAAAGAACAAUUUGAUUUUAAAUAUAACAAUUGUGCAGUCAGAUGAAGAUUUUUGUUUAUUUUAACAUUGAAGAAAUUAUUUUUUUAAUAUAAAGUCUGAAUGUCUGGAUUUUUGUAGGAACUUGGGUCGCUUAUGCGAACAAUUUAGUUUUUUGUCCUCCAGUCAGUUUGAGGUUUACAAGGUAACGUACCUAAAUCAUCAGCGAGGUGAGUUGGGACAUGACACGACUGUAACUUUAUAUAUGACAACAAACAUGGCUACCUAGCAUCUGCAAAUGGGCAAAUUCAUUUUGACCCAACUGACGCAGGAUUUUUUUGAGGCCGUUAAAUGGAUAUUGGUCUUUAAAAAAAAAAAAAAAAUCGACUAAGUAUGAUGACUGUUAAUUUAGCUUUACAUAUCAAUAACUCAUAUUUUUAACGCAAUUCGCUCAAAUUCUUGUCACUUUUUGUCACGUCCAACCUGAAUUUUCUUGCCAUUUUAUCGGCCGACAUAGAUACUUAUACCAAUAUUUAUGCAUAAGCCAAUACUUAGUAUUAUGUAUUUUUUUUCGUCAGGGAACCUGCAGAUUUUCUUUUCUUGCCGUGUUCAUUUUAAAGUCUGCUGACCUCGCCUCUCUCAGAAAGUAAUGGGAUGAUAAACACGUUUUACUCGCUGGCUGCGCCCAGGUCCAUACAUCAUGAACAGCCACUGAAAUGUUAAGUUUGCUGCCGAAUGUUUGGCAUCUCCUUGACGUAACCUUGGCGACGCCGGCUGAGCAGUUCAACGAUGCAAGCAGAUUAGUUUCCCUGCGUCCCAGCGUCUCUUGGACGUAACGUCUUUUAUUAUUCUAGGUCUGUAGGUAAAUCUCCCUCUCUCUCAUUUGCAAAACAAUCAAAUGUUUGCUGAGGAUGCAGAAACGGGGAGCUGAUAGUUGACUUUCGCGUGUCUGCUAGUCAAAUGAAUGUUCUGAUAUGAGGAAGUCAAAGCGCCGAGACGUAUGAAGCUUCGUGUCGGAGGCUCGUGGAGCGGCGCCGGGCGUUUCUCACUGAAGACCACAAACCUACGCAUCACGACAGUGUUAUUGUGACGAUGAAGAGCCGCCCCUCGGGACCCUUCCUCCUCCUCCUCCUCCUCCUCUGCACGCCUGCGUCUGGACUGGGAUCAGUGUUGAGGAAGAGUUUCUUCUACAGUCAGAACCAUUACACCUGGCAGGAUGCUCAAAGCUUCUGCAGGAGAUAUAGUUACAACGCUGACUUGGCCAUCAUGUACACACUGUCGGAUACAGACAGCAUGGACCUAGACAGAUACCAUGCGUGGAUCGGCCUGCACAGACCAGUCAUCCCCAGUGAUUUAGGGAGCAGCUGGAGUUGGUCCGACAGACAAGGCACCAGCUUCCGAUCCUGGGCGUCGCAUGAGCCACACUACACCGAUGACUGUGCUUCCAUCUCUUCCGUGAACAAAAAUUUUUACGGCAGCAAGUGUGGCGUACAGUCCUUCGUCAUUUGCCAAACUCGAAAGUCUAAAUACACGUUUGUACCCGAGUCGAAGACGUGGCCCGAGGCCCAGCAGUACUGCAGGGCCAGAUACCAGGAUCUGGCCACUUUCAAGAGCAACUCCGAUGUGGAAGAAGGCGUUCUUCCACGGGACUUUCCAGUCUGGACUGGACUGCACAGAGACGCGGCGGCGUGGAAGUGGAGCAGAGGCCGGUCCGACUACCGAGCCUGGGCGCCGGGCGAGCCGAGUGGCAGCGGCGACUGCGUCGCCGUCUCCUCCCUGAAUAAACGGAUGUCGACCCGGGACUGCUCCGCCCGGUUCCCCCUGGUCUGCUCCGCGGACAACCUGGUGCUGGUGAAGGAGAACAAGACGUGGGAGGAGGCGCUGCAACACUGCCGAGCGCUCGGGUCGCCGCGCUUCCACGGCGUUCGCCACGAGCUGCUGAGCGUGCAGCCCGGACCGGAGCACGACUACGCGAGGAACCGCGUCAUGGAGGCCGACACCGAGGAGGUGUGGACGGGCCUUCGUUUCCUGGCCGGCGAUUGGCUGUGGGUGAACAGGGCGGGUCUGCUCCGCUCUGACCUGCCCAGCUGCCCCCACGCGAGGCGGCACUGUGGAGCCUUGUCCAAGAACGACACGGGCCGAGUGGAGACCAGGGACUGUGCGGAGAGGAAGAACUUCCUGUGUUACAGCUGGUGGUGACGGUCGCCCUCAUCCUCGCCGCCCCAUUGUCCUGCGUCUGCCUUCUCUGUUCACGCGACGCUGAAGAUUUCUCUCCGGUGCGCUGGUUCUUCCGACGCUAGGCGCUAUUGCGCGUUCCGACGGGAAGCCCUGCAAAUUGUUUUCCUGAUGAAUGAAUUUGCGUUUCAUAAUUUCAUUUGAAAUCAAUCCAUAAACCGAACCGUUGACAUGAA